CAGUAUAUCAUAGUUCAUACGGUGACGAACUGCUCAGGCAGCCUCUUGCGGCGCGACAUUGUGAUAGCAAGCCAUAGCGUUGGUUAGCGUGGCGGUUAAUCAUCCAAUCUUCUCUUCCGGAUUCGGUGGCUUCCGAUCGCCCCGCGUCCGAUAAGCCCCCAUAAUCAGUGGGGCAGCUGAAUUCCCAUCACAUCCUCGCUCCUCGAUGUGACCGAAUAUCGAUACUCAUCCUGCUAUGAGUCCAGCGUGAUGCGUAUUCUAGGGUUACAUUGCCCUCCGUACACAUCUUCCAGCUCUCAGCCCUUCAGUGCUGUUACGAGAGACCAAGUUUGGGACAGAGGAGCUCCGCCUCGGUGACCUCCGAUGGCGACUUUCAUAUUCUUACCAAUAUAUCCUUCUAAGCCCCGGAUCACAUUGCAUCAUCCGCGUUUACGGCUGUCGCGCCUGAUGUCGUCCAUACAGGUUCGAAAGACGAUUGGCCAGGUCCAACAUUCUAUCCCUCACGAGGUCAACUGUCGCCACUGAUCCUUGUUCAACCGGGACAUUUUUUUGUCUCUUUUUGUCAACUCGGGGAUUUUAUAAGGACAGCUGGCUACCCGGGAAUGACACUGGCAAAUCUCAGGGCCCUUGAAUACUAUCCUUUGUUCAAACUAUGGAAGCCAAAAUUAACGGCGAAAGCCGCGCGGAAUAUUGCACCGGAUAUUCGGAGGAUGUGGACGUCAUCCGAGAGCGGGAAUAUUCUUUUCUCAAAGACACAACCUACCUGGACCAUGCCGGGACAACGCUGUAUCCCAAAUCGUUGAUAGACUCGUUCGCUCGAGACCUAACUUCAAAUCUCCUCGGCAACCCUCAUUCUCGGUCCUCGUCAUCCCAGCUGUCAACACAGCGUGUGGAUGAUAUUCGUCUCAAGGCUCUUCGCUUCUUUAACGCGGACCCGGAGGAGUUCGAUCUCGUGUUCGUAGCGAAUGCUACGGCUGCUAUUAAGUUGGUGGCAGACGUAUUUCGGGAUUCAUCACCACAAGGCUUCUGGUAUGGUCACUUCAUAGACGCACAUACGAGUUUGGUAGGAGUGCGGGAACUUGCGCAAAUGGGGCACAGGUGCUUUGCGACCAAGGAUGAAGUUGAACAGUGGAUAUCGGAGUUAGCCUCCCAUCAAACGAACUUCCCCCGGUUAUUUGCAUACCCUGCGCAGUCGAAUAUGAACGGUCGGCGGAUGCCUAUCCAGUGGUGUUCAAAGAUACGGGAUACCAGUUCUGAAACAGGAAACGUCUACACCCUCCUUGAUGCUGCAUCGUUCGUGUCCACUGCGCCUCUCGACUUGAGUGACACAUCUACAGCGCCUGAUUUUACGGCACUGAGUUUCUACAAGAUUUUUGGUUUCCCCGAUCUCGGUGCGUUAAUCGUUCGCAAAUCUGCAGCGGGCAUUUUGGAGAAACGCAAGUUCUUCGGCGGUGGAACUGUAGAUAUGGUUCUGGCGCAAGGAACACCGUGGCAUGCAAAGAAGUCCACCAUCCAUGAGCGGUUGGAGGAUGGUACUUUGCCGUUCCAUAACAUCAUUGCACUUGAUUCCGCGUUCUCGACGCAUGCGCGUCUCUUCGGAUCGAUGAGUAAUGUCUCGUCCCAUACCCGCUAUCUGGCAAAGAGGCUUCACAGCCGGUUGACCGCAAUGACCCAUUUCAAUGGAGAGAAAGUCUGCCACUUGUACAAGUCCCCAGAGACUGCUUUUGACAAUCUUACUCAAGGCCCAAUCAUCGCGUUCAACAUACGAAACAGUUCUGGUGCAUGGGUUGGAAAGUCCGAGGUUGAGAGACUUGCGAACGUCAAAAAUAUACAAAUCCGGUCAGGAUCACAUUGCAAUCCAGGAGGAACGGCAGCCAAUCUUGGGUGGACUGGACCUGACUUGAUACGUAACUACUCCGCGGGACUGCGCUGUGGGGACGAUCACGACGUUAUGGAUGGGAAACCGACUGGCAUUUUAAGAGUCAGUCUGGGUGCGAUUACCAAUAUUAGGGAUAUUGAUGCCUUUGCAAGCUUCAUUGAUGAAUUCUACGUCGAAAAGGCACCAAGCAUCAUUCCACUGGUACCGCCUGUGGAAAUUGUUUCGCAACAACCCAGCUUCUAUGUUGAAAGCCUCUCCGUAUAUCCUAUCAAGAGUUGCGGGGCAUUCAAGGUCCCCGAUGGUCAGCGCUGGGAGAUUAAAAGAGAAGGCCUUGCUUGGGACAGAGAAUGGUGUCUUAUACACCAAGGCACAGGCGCCGCUCUCAGCAUGAAGAAAUAUCCUCGUAUGGCGCUAAUACGCCCGGUCAUUGACCUUCACCGUGGGCUCCUACGCAUUACCUGCGGAUCGGAUCCUAAAGAAUUGGAGAUUUCUCUCCACCGCGAGGUCACAAAUCUGGUUACUACCUCGCUGUGUCAGAGCGCGAAAUCCAACGUCUGCGGAGAUCGAGUGAUUGUCCAGGCAUAUUCCUCACCUACUGUAGCCUCUUUCUUCUCUAACUUCCUUGGUGUACCGUGUACGCUUGCGAGGUUCCCGCCCCAAAUCUCGACUAGGGUUUCAAAUCCUACUCGUUCCUCGAAAAGGACUCAGAGAGCCCCCAUGCCCGGCUCUUUCCCAGAAGACCCGUCACCGAUACCUGAACAACCCCCAAUCCUUCUAUCCAACGAGAGCCCUAUCCUGCUCAUUUCCCGCUCGUCUGUUAAUCGCCUAAACGAACAGAUCAAGUACAAUCCCAGACCCAAUCACAGCACUGCAGCUAGAGCCGUAGAAGCCGAUGUCUUCCGCGCCAACAUUGUCGUCGCUGAGAAUCUUCACCAGCUAGCUAAUGCCGAACGUCCAUACAUUGAAGAUAUCUGGCAGUCAUUCUCUAUUGGACCGGAACAGGUGCACUUCGAUGUCCUCGGAUCAUGCCAAAGGUGCCAGAUGGUCUGCGUUGACCCAUACACUGGCAUUCGUCGAGAGGAACCUUUCUCGACUCUUGCAAAGACGAGAAAGAUCAACAACAAGAUUGUAUUCGGGAGACAUGCUUCUCUUUCCAAAAUGGAGCUUUUGCAGGGUUCCAACGCUCCCAAAUCUUGCACUAUUAUGGUAGGGGACGUUGUGACGCAUUCCCAAGUUUCUUGAAUUGUUUGCAGCAUAUGUGGCAGAUGAUAGAAUAGGCGUACCUGAUGAAUUAAUGCAUUAUCCAUAAGGCUUUAGCUCCUCCGCAAUAUAACCA